CUUUUCACGCAUUAGUGAGUGAUAAACGAUUUACGACGAAUUCCAGCAUCAGAAAAAGAAGACGGCACGAUGGGAUCUGUAUCUCAUCAGAAGAUAUCAACCCGGUUGAUCAUCUUCCUGAUGCUGGCAGCAUGCACCGACCUUACACGAAAACCGACCUCGGUCCAAGCAAUAGCAGUUACAACAACGGAACAACAAGAAUCUACCCAGACAACGAUGACAGCCGCCGACUUGGUCGCCGAAACCGGAGAAGAACCGGCGUCGGAGAUGGUUAGCGAAAAAUCCGACCUAAACGAAGCGGAAACCAAAGACCCAAAAAAGUUGGAAAUCAUCAAACAAAUUAGAAGGUACAACAACGACGGCUCGUACACGGUAGGGUACGAAGCCGAAGAUGGAACGUUCAAAAUCGAAAGUCGAGACGUGCUGGGUAACAUCAAGGGUACCUACGGGUAUAUCGACGAAAACGGGGACAUUCAGCGGGUUUCCUACAAUGCUCAUAACAGUACAGGGCUCAAGACUACGAUGCCGGCUCCGGUUACGGAAGAGAUCGUUCACAUUCCUCCGAAGUUCAACCGGAGUCAUAUCGGAGCACCGACCACUCGCCGGCCAGCUUCGUAUCAUUCGAGCACUUCUGCUCCGCAGAAGACCAGCGUUAUUCAGACCAUUCCGCGGAAACGACCACACGUGACUUCUACAACGGAGCGAUCGAUGUCGCGAGUCACGGAAACGAGUGGCUCUUUCUCGGAACCAACGACCGCUUCCAGUCACAGUUCGACAUCGAUUCAAUCAUCGAAACCGCUGUUGAUAAUUCGACCCACUCCACUGCCGCUGAUGGCGAAGACAAUCGAACAGUUGGCGCGACCGGAGAAGCUAGAAAGUGAACACAUUACGAAGAUUUACUCAAAAUCUUCCUCACUUCGACAGCGAGAACCCGAACGGAAACCUCUACGUGGAAACUUUCUCCGUCGGCAACUUCCGCAAGAUUCGGAAGAACAGUACGAAGCUCAACAGCAGGUUGUUUACGGACAAUCCGCCGGUGAAGAGAUAGCCAACUUGUUCGCAGGGACUCCACCCGGACUGAGACCGAUUUACACAACCACUCCAGCACCGCGUAUCCCAGCCGCCGUCCUGGCAGCUCGUCAACGAGCGGCUCAAAUCCAACAACUGCUAACCAGUGAACGUCCGGAAACGACUACUGAACGAGUGUACGUCAAACCGCAGAGAAAACAAGAACCGGCUCCCGUGAUGUACGAACCGGCUACGGAACCAUCGUCGGAGAAUAGCUACGUAACGGACAUGCCCAAUUCGGUUGUCCAGAUUCCGGCCAAUUCUAAUCGAGAAGUUACCGAAGCGGCUGAAGAUGAACGUAGGGUUUAUCGGCAAAGGCCGAUUGAAUUUAGACCUCGGGAAGGUUACCGAUUUGCUCAGGAUCGACCGGAAAGGUACCGAGUACCGUUGGGAAUAGCUCCGCAGGGUCGAGCUUUUCCCGGAUCUGAACAGCAGUUCUACCGGGACCCUGCGGGUCGGGGACCUCAACCGAUACAGCCGGAGAACUACCCGGUCGAUGAAGAGGAUAAUAAUGUGGCGUACCGCCAACAGAGAAGACCUCAAGGUCCUCCACCCUAUACGCAGACUCAGCAAGAACCACCAACUGCCAACAAUAUCCCCAAUGCGCAUAGUUAUCCACAGCAAUCGUACCCCGUUCCAUAUCCUUACAACCCUUACAGAAACCCUUACCAGUCUCCAGUAAGUCCGUACUAUGACUUCCCAGAACGUCCACUGACAACCAGAGAUUUCGAACGAAUUCUGCAACUCUUAAUAUUCCGCCAUCAGCAGAUCCAACAGCAGCAAGCCUACCGUUUCGGAGGCUACACCAACCCUUACUACGGAGGACCUUCCCUUGCACCACCGUUCGUCCCCGGUGGAUUCGGAGCAGCUGGCGGUUACCCUGCGCAAAUCCCUCGACCUCCAUUCUACAACGCACCACCCACGGGAGCCGGUUACUUCGACCCUCGCUAUCAAAACCCCCUGUACAGUCCAUCCACCGGUAGUCGUCAAUAUCCGGGGGUUACCCCGGGUACGGGUGGAAUUCAACAACCAUCAACCGACUAUUCGGACAAUCAAGGUUACACACCGCGACGGCGACCACAGUACUCGCCACGAAUCGACCAUGAAUAUCAGGGUUCGGGUGCCGGUAGUGCACAGCAGCAACAGCUCGCCCAACCGGAACUAAUUCCGGCGGAGGUUCGGGAAGAUCUACUCUACCGGAUGCUACUACUAGCGAUUCAGCCCGAUCCGGCGUUUGGUGGUGGAGGUGGUGGAGUAGGAGGUGGACCUGGCGGUUUCGGCAUCGGUGGUGGUGGUUUGAUUCCGGCCGGAUCGGUGCCGAGAUCACAGACGACACCCGCCGUUCCCGGGUACAGCAAGAAACCGGUGCGGAGUGUGCAGAUUCUGGGCGAGGAGUGACCGGGCGCGGUAAGACUGUA